UUUCAAGAGGCAGACUCUUCCAUGGACCUCUCUGUCAGCACCGCUCUUCUCCUGACCAUCUCCUGCUGCCUGGGGAAUACUGAAGCCCGAAAUUACAACUAUGUACUCACUGUACCAAAUGGGGCUCCCUGGGGUCCCUGGGGCUCAAAUGAGUUUUGCCCUGAAGGCUAUGCAAAUGGUUUCUCCCUGAAGGUAGAAGCACCCCAAGGGAAUGGUGACGAUACAGCUCUGAAUGGAAUCCGUUUGUACUGUACCAAAGGCAAAACAAUUGAGUCUAGAGUUGGGCCGUGGGGAACCUGGACCACAACCCAGUUCUGCCACUCAGGCUACCUGGUUUCUUUUUCUCUGAAAGUGGAACCACCUCAAGGAAAGGGUGAUGAUACAUCAGCUAACAACAUCCAAUUCACCUGCAGCAAUGGUCAAGCCCUGCAGGGCCAUGGCCGGAAUUGGGGUUAUUAUGGCCCAUGGAGCAGUCGCUGCCCCUCAACUGGUAUAUGUGGGCUACGAACAAAGGUGGAGGAAAAUCAGGGCAAAGGUGAUGACACAGCACUCAACGAUGUGAAUUUUUACUGCUGUUAAUAGCUGAUAUAUGUUUUGCCACCUGGAAAUAUACUUUUGUCAUACAUUUCCAACAGUGGUGAGAUUUACUACCAGUUCUGUAGGCGUGGCUUGGUGGGUGUGGCAUGGCAUGGCUUGAUGGUAUGGCUUGGUGGGUGUGGCAGGGGAAGGAUACUGUAAAAUCUCCAUUUCCACCCCACUCCAGGGGAAGGAUACUGUAAAUCUCCAUUCCCUCCCCACUCCAAGGGAAGGUUAUUGCAAAAUCCCAAUUUCUUCCCUUAGCAUCUGGGACUCGGGGGGCAGAAAAUAGAUGGGGGCGGGGCCAGGCAGAAUUUUUACUACCAGUUCUCCGAAAUACUCAGAAUUUCUGCUACCGGUUCUCCAGAACUGGUCAGAACCUGCUGAAUACCACCUCUGAUUUCCAAAGACUGCUAAUUAUAAUCCAAUAUUAACUUGAGAAGAGAGGUUAUGUUUGUGAAAGUGUGAUAGUACAAGGUAACCCCUCCCCCCAUGCAUGUCUUGAAAUGGGUUCAGAUUGGAAAGAAAAAAAAUGUGGUGGCAGAAACCUCAAGCAUUGCAAAGAUUGAUUAUCUCUUCUCUAUCAUUUUGAAUCAAGUCACAGAACCAAACUGUAAUUCUGUAUUACUGCUUUCUUGCUUGCAAAUAAAAUUAUGUUGCAUCUUCAAAGUCAUUUCUUUCUUUCAUUGAGCCAGGUUUGGGCCACAAUAAUACGUAUGUAUUUCUUUGGGUUUAUUUAUUCUUGUACUCUGCAUUUCACUACAAAGAAUACAGAAAUAUUCAAGAAAAUAAACUAUAGGUGGGCCAGCACUAGUUAAGAACCAACAAAAAUUGAUGAUGUAUGUGUUUUUAUGAGAUGCGGAUUAAGAGCUACAUAUGUUUUCUUCUUACACAAAGCCUACAAAUAAUCACUUAUCCAAAUUACUACUUUUCUGUUCUUUAAACACUUACAUAAAAAGAUCUCUCUCCCAAUCCCAUACCUUUCAUUGGCUCUGAAUUUUUAUUCGUAUGUAUUGAUUGAUUUGAUUUGUACAUCAUUGGAAGAUUUGGUGAAAUGGGGAAAUCUGCAGUUAUCUUUGAUUGGUAGGAUUGCAACUAUUAAGAUGAAUAUUUUGCCUAGAAUUUUGUACUUACUUCAGACAAUUCCAAUAAAGUUGGAUAAGGAAUUCUUUGCAGACUUGAAUAAAAUGAUGUUGAAAUACAGUACAUUUGGCAGGGAAAGAAGGCAAGAAUAAAACUUAAGUUGCUACAAGAUGCUAAAAUGAGGGGUGGUUUUGGUCUACCUAACUUUGAACUUUAUUAUCAAGCAACUAGUCUAAUGUGGAUUAAAGAAUGGAUAACUUUGAAAAAUAUUAGAUUAUUGAAUUUGGAGGGACAUGAUUUGUUGAUGGGGUGGCACACCUUUUUAUGGUAUAAAGGAACUAAAAUACAGGGGUAUUUUAGAAGACACAAGAUACGUGAAGCUUUAUGGUUGAAUUGGGAGAAGGUUAAAAAAUAUCAUUAUUUAAAGAUUCCAGUCUGGGUAUCUACAAUUGAAGCAUUUUCAUACCCAGUGACAUUUAAAAGGGAACAAAUUAUAAGAUAUAAGGAAUUAUUGGAUGAAAAGGGUGAACUUAAAUUAAAGCAGGAUAUAGAAGAUCAGGGCUGUAAGAUGGAUUGGUUUUCAUAUAUGCAAAUACUUUCUAGAUAUCGAGAAGAUCUUAAACAAGAAGGUUUUUAUAAUGGCUUGACUAACUUAGAUAAGAUUCUAAUGGAUUCUGAUGACCGUGUAAUUAAAAAGCUAUAUGGCUAUUUAUUAGGGGCAAAACUGGAAGAAGAAUAAGUUAAAGAAUCAAUGAUAGCAUGGGGGAAGAAUUUUGGUUAUGGUAUUGAUUUAGAUAAAUGGCAAAAAUUGUGGUCACAUAACUACAAAAUGACAAUGUCUACAGCAUAUAAGGAGAAUUUGUAUAAGAUGUUUUACAGGUGGCAUCUACCCCUGACGAGGAUAGCCAGAAUGUUCCAGAACAAAUCGGAGAAAUGUUGGAAAUGUCAUCAGACCACAGGAUCAUAUUACCACAUGUGGUGGUCAUGUGCAGAAGCAAGGAGAUAUUGGACUAAGAUACACAUGUGGUUGGAAAAAAUGAUAAAGAGACAAUAGAUUUUAAACCAGAAAUAUUUUUAUUAGGGAUCCUACCAGAGAUAUAUAAUAAAGAACUGCAAUACUUCAUUGUGAGUCUUUUGACAGCCGCUAGAAUUGUAUUUGCUAAAAAUUGGAAAGGAGAAAAGAUACCUAAUGAUGAAGAAAUUAUUAAGAAAAUGAUGGAAUGUGCUGAAAUGAGUAAAUUGACAUUUGAAAUAAGAGAGCAGGAAGGCAGACAAUAUUAUUCGAUAUGGGAGUUAUUUUACCAAUGGAUGGAGAAUAAGAUUUGGAGAUAAUUAUGAAAUGAAUGGUUGUUGAAAUAAGUUAGGCGGAAAAAACUUUCAUGGAAACAAGUGGGGAUGUUUAGUGAUAAACUGAAGAGAGGAAGAGCACAAAAAUGUCACCGAUCGACACACUGUCUGUAAUUGUUUGGAAUAAUAAUGUUUUUAUGUUUUGUUUUGAUUUUAAAAAAAUAAAAAAUUUCCAAAAAAACCAAAAAACAAUUAUAUGAAUCCAA